AAUUUCGAAUAGCGAGGUUGCCUUUUUUUGUUAUUCAAACAACACUUGAAUUAUUAACCGAUGGGCUUUGGUUUGGUUUGGUUAGAAGCAUUUAAUCUCCUUCGGUAUUACAGUUUGGUUUACAGCGUCCUAUGCGUGACAUGUUAUUUGAACAAUUGUUCUUGUGAACAAUUGGUAAGGUGUGUUAUUUAUCUACAUAUCAAGUUCUUUAUUAAUAAUCAGCCGAUAACAGAAUAUCUGCUGCAGUACUCUCCUCGCUGAACUCCAGCAAGCACGAGAACACACUAAAGGUCGUUCAACAUGUAUUUUCUCCGCUUCUUCUGUUUGACUGUAGCCGUGAUGAACGCUUUCGGUGAGAUGAGCGUGGAGGACAAGAAGCAGAUUGUCGUGAUGUCUCUUCCGGGUGAAGAAUACACACAGUAUAACCUUGAUUUCCAAGACAUCGCAGAAUUCAUCAAAGAGAUGGAUCAGAAAACCAAAGGACUUGACCACUUUAUUAUCAUUCAUGACCGAUCAGGCAGAAAGUUUUUUGAGGGCUAUAACUUUACGAACGCGCAUCUUAUCGAAAUGGAGAAACCUGGACUGGAUCUCUGGAUGCGGGAUUUCCCCCCUAUCAUGCCCAAACAGCAAGUGAAUUUCACGUACAAACCCCAAUAUAUCAGCCACGAGCAGGCGCUGAAGGACAAGGCAGGGUUCAACAGGCUGGCGUAUUCAGCUAAUUUCCCUGAGCUACGGCAAAGCAAGAUCGUUUUGGAGGGCGGGAAUAUCGUGGAAAACGGGAAAGACAUUGCUAUCACCACGGCUAGAAUCUACUCCGACAAUCCAGGAAUGACCAAACAAGACCUCAUAGCAACACUAAGUCGCGAGAUUAACCGGACAGUGGUGGUCCUUCCGGACCCCACGGGAACAACCGGACACUCGGACGGCGUGGUAUCAUUCGUGGAGGAAGACUCCCUUCUUAUCGCUCUAUUUGACGAUGCAGACGGACCGAGCUUUUACGAUGAAAUGGAAGCCGAGGUCGUCAAGUUGUUUCCAUCACUAAAGAUCAAUCCUCUGCCAUGUUACGCAAAGAAAGGCAAGACCCAAGGAUUCGUGUCGUCUGAGGGAGCGUACGCCAACUCGCUAGUGACAAACAACGCCGUCUACCUACCCUUCUUUAAAAACCAAACGAGCAACGAGAAAGCGCUUGCAGCAUUCAAGAACAGCACCACGAAGACGGUUGUCCCGGUAACCAAGACUCAGUACAUUCCUGUCCUUGGCGGAAGCCUUAGGUGUAUGACAUGGCAGAUCGAUCAGCAUACGGAAGUCGGGAAACGCUUGCUGGCCUACGCGAAAACCUCGCCGAAGCCUUCAAGCGACGGAGUAUCGAUCGGUAGUAGUACAGGCAUUGCUGUGUUUUUGGGUCUGGUCACCAUGCUAUUGUGUGGGUAGUCCUUUAGCUGUCUCAUUACCACUAGCAUGCACAGGUUUACCAACCUCUCAGUCAGUCUCUAGUCAAUCCCAGUAACUAGCUCGAAUAUUUUCACGAUUGAUCACCUCCUGUAAUUGUCCUACAAUUGUCUCAUAUCCUAAAAUAAAGAUCACAAUAAACUCUCAUUGGUUUGUUUAUUCAGAAUAAGCGGUAUAUCUAGUAACGCGUCAUCCUUCAACUGCUCAAACGUUAAAAAUACCGCUUAUUCUGAAUAAAUACACAUCACAAAGCAAUGAGAGUUUAUUGUGACCUUUAUUCUAGGAUAUAAACAAUUUUAGGACAAUUACAGGAGGUGAUCAAUCGUGAAAAUAUCCGAGCUAGUUACUGGGAUUUACUGGAGACUGACUGAGAGGUUGGGAAGCCUGUGCAGUAUGUCUAACGACGUGGACAACCGUGAAGAUUAUCAUAUGGAUAUUAAUCAAUUAAUUUUCUUUGAAUGAUUAAAUACAGUACCAACCUUUUCAUCUGGGAUUUUUAUUUUUUCCUUUUAAAAGGGGCAUUUGCAAGAAUGACCUUUUUUUUUUUAGAUAAAUUCAACAUUGUAGUUUGAACAUGUCACUUCAAGAAACAUUUAACGGAACAGGCUAUUUGUUUACUGAAAUCUUGAAAUUACAUAUGUAGUGUAAACCAACUGAACUAGAUCCUCUGCAUAUAUUCCAUUUUGUGGAAAAUGGGUAACUUUAAAUCUAUUAUUUUAGCACUGCAAACACCCGUUUGACAACCAGGUGAUUCUUUUUCAGAAAAAGAACUGUACAACUGUCAACAACCCCCAAAACUGUCAACUACCUGAUUGUAAAAUUCAUUACCUUAUCAUGCAACUAUUCCUCCCCCCUGUGAAUUGUUUCUGAUAUGUUUACAUUUCAACCUGAUAAAAUUAAAAUAAUAAAUUCUAUAAAAAAUG